UCUCCUCGCCCCACCCAACCCAUCACGCCCACAAUCCUCUUUCUGUAUGUAUGUGUAUACGGUACAGAAAGUCACAAGACUGCGUCAACUAAUCUAGAGUACCAUUAACAAUUUCAAACCAUCAACUCGAGUAAUUUCUCUUUUUUCUCUGAACUCUAUUAACCAUGACAGAACAAUACUUCAAUUUCUCAGAAAGAUGGUUCAACUUCAUUCCUCUCCAUUCACCGUAUUCUUCUUCAUCAAACACUUCUUAUUCACAUCAUGCUCAUAACUUAAGCCAAGCCAUAAGCCAUACAGUUUCCCAGCAAAUUCCCACUUCACCUCCUCCACAAGAAGCUCUUCCUCUUCUUAAUAACCUCUGCACUGGCUCCGAUGAAACUGAAAGUGUCACUACAGACUUAAAUAUAGGGCUACCUAGCCCUAAUUCUGAUUUGGUCACCCAGAUUUCGUCAUCUGGGGUAGAUAUAUUCUCAGGGUUGCCCUUGAACAGCAUAAACAAGGGUCAAUAUUGGAUUCCAACACUCACUCAAAUUCUUAUGGGACCAACACAGUUUUCAUGUCGUCUUUGUUCCAAGACUUUUAACAGAUUCAAUAACCUGCAGAUGCAUACGUGGGCACAUGGAUCCCAAUACAGAAAAGGUACUGAAUCAUUAAGAAGAGCCCAACCAAACGCAAUGCUAAGACUACCAUGCUAUUGCUGUGCACAGGGAUGCGAGUACAAUAUUGAUCAUCGUAGAGCAAGACCUCUCAAAGAUUUCAGAACCCUCCAAACACAUUACAAGAGAAAGCAUGGAACCAAACCCUUCGUCUGCAGAAAAUGUAGGAAAACAUUUGCUGUGAAGGGUGAUUGGAGAACACAUGAGAAGAAUUGUGGUAAGAUUUGGUACUGCAUAUGUGGCUCUGAUUUCAAGCACAAAAGGUCUCUGAGAGACCACAUUAAAGCGUUUGGACUCGGCCAUGGUGCAACCGGAAUUCAAACUGAUUUUGGAGAUGAGGGUAAAUCAAGUUCUGAGAUUGAGAUAAACUAGUGUGAGCUUAUAGUUUUAGAGUGUGUUUGACUGGCAGCACGAAAUUUACAUAGAAAAAUAAAUUCUAAAGAA